AAGUCAAGCGUAAAAAUCAAGCUAGGCCAUUAGCCUUCACGCCCCCCACCCAAGCCAGUUCUUAAAGUUUAAAGAAGAUUGAUUUUCUUACGUCGACCUUCUGCUACUGCAACCUCGUAGAGAGUGAAAUUAGAUUAGAAAGACAAUGGCAGAGUCUACAGUCCAACAAAGCCGAUCAAGAGACCUUGACAAGCUGCUUCUCAGACCCGGCAAUCUCGUAGCUCCCACCUUCGAACCCGGUGCUCAAUUGAGAGAUGAUCUUCAAGAGUAUGCAAGAAUAUUGGUAAUUGGGGCAGGCGGUUUGGGCUGUGAGUUGCUAAAAGACUUAGCUUUAUCAGGUUUUAAGAAUCUGGAGGUCAUUGAUAUGGACCGUAUCGAGGUUACCAAUCUCAAUCGCCAGUUUCUCUUCAGGCUUGAAGAUGUUGGGAAGCCAAAGGCUGAGGUGGCAGCCAAGCGUGUGAUGGAAAGAGUUAGUGGUGUGAAUAUUGUGCCUCAUUUUUGCCGGAUCGAGGACAAAGAAAUUGAUUUUUAUAAAGAUUUUAUUAUUAUUGUACUUGGUCUUGAUUCUGUUGAGGCUCGAAGCUAUAUAAAUGCUGUAGCGUGUGGUUUUCUUGAAUAUGAUUCUGAUGACAACCCAAUAGAAGAAACAGUCAAACCGAUGGUAGAUGGUGGGACUGAAGGUUUCAAGGGGCAUGCUAGGGUUAUAAUACCAGGAUCCACACCGUGCUUUGAGUGUACCAUCUGGCUUUUCCCUCCUCAAGUGAAGUUUCCUCUAUGCACUCUUGCAGAAACCCCUAGAACUGCUGCACACUGUAUUGAAUAUGCUCACUUAAUUAAAUGGGAUGAGGUUCAUAGUGGAAAGACUUUUGAUCCAGAUGACCCAGAACAUAUGAAAUGGGUAUACACUGAGGCCGUUAAGAGGGCUGAACUUUUUGGUAUUCAAGGUGUUACAUAUUCUCUUACUCAGGGUGUUGUGAAAAACAUCAUACCAGCUAUUGCUUCCACCAAUGCAAUUAUAUCAGCUGCGUGUACGUUGGAAACCUUGAAGCUUGCAUCAGGAUGCAGCAAAACUCUAAGCAACUAUCUUACGUAUAAUGGUGUGGAAGGUCUACACAUCAAAGUGACUGAAUUUGUGAAGGACAAGGAUUGCCUUGUUUGUGGUCCAGGUGUUCUUCUUGAGCUGGACACUUCAGUUACUUUACAAAAGUUUAUUGAUAUGCUUGAAGAACACCCUAAGCUACUCCUCUCAAAAGCAAGUGUUAGACACCGAGCAACGAAUUUGUACAUGCAAGCGCCUCCAGUUCUGGAAGAGAUGACUCGAUCGAACCUAAACUUACCACUUUUUGAACUUAUGGGUAAAUUUCCAAAGGACAUCGUUCACGUGACUGGUACAACUAGCAAGGAUGACAAGAAAACUUCAUGUCUGCGGAAAUUAUGCCUUGUUUUCAAGGGAGCCGAUGCUGUUACGGAUCUGGAUAUGGCUGUUGGAGCUUAAUUUGCACUACAGUUGGGUAUUUACCUGCAGAACUUUUCACUUGCAAAGUAUAAGGUCUCUCGCAGAAAAUUUCUCCCCAAAGACGGAAGUUUGGUGUCAAGUUUUGGUAUCUUUUUAUUUGCCUACAAUGAUCAAAAUAUGGGUCCUCGAAGGAACACCUGCAGAUGUAAGUACAUUACCAAGAGAACAGAUUUAUUAACAAGGAUUUUAAGUUCAAGUUCAAAGAAUUGUUGCGAUGAAAGUAGGUUUAUGCUUGGAUAGGCUUUUUGUGGCCUUUGUACUAGGAAUUGGAUAGAUGGAUUGUGAAGGGAAAUGGAGCCUUUUAAUGCC